AUGGCAGCCCUGCCUGCACCCCUGCCUCGGGAGCAGAGCCGCCCGGUGAAGCGUCGGGUGCCGUGCCGGUGGCACCGUCGUCCCACGCCGUCACCAUCCCCUUGUCACCGGCAGACAGGCGAGGCUGUGAAGGUGCUGCUGCAGCGGCUGCAGGCGCUGCAGGGCGAGCGGGCCGAGGCGUACCGGCUCUUCGAGGAGGGCCACCGGGCAUACCUGAGCAGCGCACCCCACUAUGAUUUCCCACGUUACCGGCAGCUGGUGCACGAGAUCACGCUGGCCUUCAACGGCAUCUCCCGGGAGGUGCUGUGCAUCGCCGGGCGCCUGCGGGACGAGCUCGCCCGCCCGGACCUGGCCCAGCACCUCGCCCAUCUCCAGGAACGGGAACAGGAAAAGCUGCAGCUGACGGCGCAGCUCCAGCUGGCUCGGCAGCAGGCGCAGGACCAGCCCGACAUGGACGCCCAUCAGCAGGAGGUGCGGGAGCUCAAGCACAAGCUAAUUAAAACCAUUGAGGCAAUCAGCGAAAUUCUCCAGGACCUCAAGUACGAUUCGGAAGAAGUCGAGUGAUGGGUGUCCCCGUGGGAACGGCUGGAGGGGCCAGCCGGUGGAACGGGGGCCCCGCUCACACCCCCGGCCCCCACCCGCUCCCAGUGCAGCCCCCCAGGCGCCCGCGCCACCCCAACAAGGUGGGCGUCUUGCCCUUGACCCCUUUUCUUGAGCACAGGCUGGAAGGGGUGGAGAACCCCUCGCUGGGAAAAAUGGGGUCCCCCAAAAUCCUGAGCAUUGCUCAGGCGUGGGGCUGGUUCCCCUCCCCGGCUCUGCCAGCUGCACUGGGGCUUUGCCCAAGCAAAACCGCAACCAACUGUGCCGAGGGGCUGCCUUGCUUUGACCCCCAUCGAGACGGACACCGCCUUUGCUGCUGGCUGGAACCCUGCAGGCAGCAGC